GUGACCUCGCCUCUGAUAGGAAAUACAUGAGAUAACAAGCCAGAGUCAAACAAUUCGAAAUUAUAAUUUUUAUUAAACACUUCAUUACUAACAUGUUUCUGGUCCAGCCAACAUUAGAACAACAAACAUUAUUUCGAAAUGCCCUAGAUGAAAAUUCGCACAAUAUUCAAAGCGAAAUCGAAAUUCUGAAAAAGUGGUUAAAGGAACAACCUCAUCUUCCCGACACCUGGGAUGAACAUUGUUUACUACAUUUUCUCAAGGGAUGUAAAUUCUCAGUGGAAACAUCCAAGAAAAAAUUGGAAAAUUACUUCAUUUUUAGAGCUACGUUGCCGGAAUUUUUUUCCAACAGGGAUGUCAGAAACCCAGAAAUAAAAGAAGUCCUCAAAGUUAUGCAAUCAGCAGUCUUGCCAGAGUUAACUCCUGAUGGCAAACGAAUAUCAAUAGCAAGGGCUGUAAAAUAUGAUUUCGAAACUCCAAACAUAGCUGACAUGAUAAAACUUACUUUCAUGGUAGGUGACCUUAGAUUAAAAUUAGAGGAAACUGGGGUUUUCGAUGUCUACAUUGCUGAUUUUAAUUUUCCUUUGGCGAAGCAUUUUUAUAAGAUAAAUCCGUUGGUUUUGAAAAAGAUGUUCAUGUGUGUUCAAGAAGCAUAUCCUGUAUUAAUCAAGGAAGUUCACCUAGUCAACGCUCCUCCUUUUAUUGAAUUUGUUAUGACAAUAGUAAAACCAUUUUUGUCACCUGCUCUCAGUGAAGUUAUUCAUGUUCAUACUUCCAUUGAAACGUUAUACGAUUUUAUUCCAAAGAAUAUACUGCCAGAGGAAUAUGGUGGAAAUGCUGGAAAGAUGUCAGAUUUACAGGACAAGUGGCUUAGAACUCUUGAAGAACAUAGUUCUUGGUUUGAAAAAGAGGACAACAUUAAGGCUGAUUUGUCAAUAAAGACAUUGAAAAACGGUUCACGUGGGGAUUGUAGGGAGCUAGAAGGCAGCUUUAGGAAAUUAUGUGUAGAUUAAAUGAAACAUUUUUAUCUUAUUUGUAUCAGUUUCUUAACAUCAACACUAUGUUUAAAAAUAUUUUGUUCGGAAUCAUUUAAUUGUUGUAGUUCAUGGUCAUGAAACGAUGUACACUAAAAACAUCAAAACAGGUUUGUUCAUUUAAAGUAUUUACUUUUUGUAAAUUGAUAUUUGUGUGUAUAUGGAAAUAACUUUUUUACUUUUGUAUAGAAAAUAAGAGCCCUCGGUUUUGUUUCACUAUAAUGUUAACUCAAAUUUUAUAACGGAAAGGUAAUUAAAAUUUUAUAUUUUAGGUCAUUUCCCUCUAGUGUUCGAAUUUCUUGUUUCUUCUAGUGAAACACCAACGUUGGACAUCUUCUAUAAAAAUUAAUGACAUACAAUUCAAUUCGUCACUAAUCUAAAAUUUUUCGAGUUUUAGUAGUUUUAAAAUUAUUAGCAAAUGUCAUUCGCCACAAUUUUCUUAAUUAGAUAACCCUAAUUCCAAAUUAAGCAGUGCGUGCUGUUAUGUAUGCAAAUAAAAAAAAAUAAUUAAUUAAAAAAAGCUAGUUGAUUUUUCUCCAUCAAAGUGUUAGCACGUGUAUUCAACAAUGUCCUUUGAAUUAUUAAAUUCUUACUUAAAGGUAGGCAAGUAUCUCUCAAUUACGCCCACUUCCAUUGAAACCGACAAAAUCUCAAAAUUUCGCCAAGUUCAUCAAGUGCUUAUGAUUCUAUUUAUCAUUACUUGUGUCAUGAUAUCAGUAUAUCUUCGAAAUUUCUAUUUGGAAUACAAUCUUGCAAAAGUAACAGUGUGUCUUCUUACCGACAUUGUAUUGUGCGUUUUUUGCUGUCGAGUAAUUGUUGAAGCAUCUAAAGUAUUAGAGUGGGCCGAAUUAAUCAAUGGUUUAAAAAAUACAUCUUAUUUAUUAGAAGAGAACAACAAGGGCAAAGAAAAACGAAUACAGUGGAAGUUUGUUCUACCACAAGUUUUUUUCUGUAUUAACGCAAUUUAUAUAACCCAUU